GGAUACUCCAAUUGGAAAUGACACGCGAAACCCUGAUUCACUCAUUGGCCAUGUAAAACUACAGGAAUUAUUUCUAUACAUCUGUCUCCAUCACACAUACAUAAUGCAAUCAACCAAUAUGUGCGGCCAUUUCUUUGUAUAAUUUUGUCUCGGCUCCUUGAAAAUGUUCUCGUCAAUCUAUGCUGGUCACUAUCAGAAUGACAAGCCUCAAGGAAGUCAAGCUCUGCACAUACUACAAUUAGUCAAUCUGUGCCAAAGACAAAGAAGCUGACAGCUUAACAGCUUAAAGUAAGCGGAUGAAUAUCACAGUUAUUUCAAUGCCUAUCAAACAUCUUCAGCAGUAGCUGAUAACACUCAUACCGAGGGAGAUAUUUUGGGUAUAUGUCGGAAGAUUACGAAACGAUCCAAUACAAAAAUGAAAGUUCAAUUUUUGCAAAACAAUGGGUCCUCUUAGAAACAUCUGUCCCAAUACGGAACUUGGGAUCUUGGAGCAACAUAACCAGCGGCAACCCGAUCCGCAAUUUCAAACAGAUGUUUGAUGUGCCAGAUGAGACGUCCAUCGGACUCAUAGAAAGUGAAUACGUACAUGGGAUAUUUUUAUAUAAAAAUAUGGUAUACUCGUAUACCAAGACCAAUCUGAUAAGCAGGUGAUGACUGACUUUGAGAACAUUGUGACUCAUUCCAAGAAGAAGCAAAACGACAUAGGAACUCUGAAUCAUGUUUUUUUUAAUUCUAGGCGUAACAGAAAAAAUCUCUCCAAUGGAACGUGUUAUCACGUCCACCGUCAAGAUGUUUGCGACAGAUAAAUAAAAAAAAAAUAAUUGUGAAGAUCGUCCGAAAUGGGCAGCUUUCCGGCCCGAGUAGGGAAGAAGACGUUAUAAAUAUAUGUGGCGAAGAUUCAGUGGCAGUACGUGAAAGUUUUCAACGGGCAAGGUUAAGAUCGCGCAUCUCGUGAGUGUGUAAGUGCUUGGAUUUUCGCAGACGUGAACUUGGAAGAUGCGCUGGAGGAAGGAGUUUAUAUGUAUCCUGGUCAUGAUAAGGACUGGCCUCUCUACACCACUCACAUUACGAUAUGCACCAUCUCACGAUGAUCAUAAUGAGCCCACAGAUUACUCCUUCAGUUACGGUGUAAAGGACUACCAUACAGGUGACAUAAAGAACCAAUGGGAGAAAAAACACGGCGAUACCGUCACUGGUCACUAUUCUGUCGUAGAACCGGAUGGGUCUGUUAGAACAGUAGAAUACUCUGCCGAUGAUAAAACCGGUUUCAACGCAGUGGUAAAGCACUCGGGACCCUCGCAACAUAUAUCAUAUCCCAAGCAUGCUACGAGUCAUAAGGAGGUUACACUACAGCCUUCUGAGCCUCACGAGGAAACUUCACAGUAUCUGUUGGGAGAUCAGUACCAGUACUCAUUCCCAGAAAAUUCUGAGGAAGUCCAGAAUGAGUACGUUAAAGAAGGGGAAGAGGAAACUGAAAAGCAAAACUACUACUUACAAGAAGAGUCUGCGGAAGAAUCCCAGAGAUCCAGCAUGAACUCAAAAUAUCCAAAUUACAUUAAAAACCAGGAGACAAAAGUCGUUAAAAAGCCCGUUCGUCUACCAGUAGACUUGAACCUGAUCGAACAAAAUUCACAAGAAACCCUUGUUCCUUUGGACGUUAGUGCAGUGGAACCCGAGAACAUUGUAGUCCACCAAAAAGUAGUCCCACAGUAUCACGCCACGCCUGCCCCGAAAGAAGGAACUUCUCCACAAUACUCACCUCAUGUCGAUGUCUCAAUCCAACCAUCUCGAGAGUUGUCACAAGAAGAGAUAAACAGAUUUUUAGAAAGCUACUACAAAAACAACAAGAAACCCUUAAGCGAACCUCAGAUAGAACAUGGUUUUAAGCCGAUCAGAAGGAGACCUUCUGAACCGGUUCCUCAAGCAAGUAUAGCACAUACUUACUCCGAGCCUCACAAGCCUGUAUCUACGCCUGGAUUGAGCAGUUACUCUUCAAAGUACUAUAAAGUGAGGAAUAAGCAUAGGAUAAGGGGACCAAGGAUAAAUCCGCAAAGAAGACACUUCAUGUAUCAGUAUCCUAUAACUGAGAAGAUAAGCGAAGAAAGACAUAGCGUUGAAAUUCCUCAGUUAUAUAGAUCUUUGCCAGCGGAUGGAUACGUAAGAUAUGCGAAACAUGUGUCUAUAGAGACAAUUUAAGGACUUGAGUGAUAUUAUAGAGGGCGUAUGUGCAAUACAGUUCUUUUUGACUGGAAAUAUUAGUCAUUAAUAGUACUUAAGUCAUUAAUGAAUGUCAGUGUGUAACGUAGCCCACGGUUAGUUGUUGCAACUGAAAGUGAAGACAGGAUUUUUUUUUGUGAAAUCAAAUAUCCAAGAUCUAGAAUAUACCUAUUAAUCAUAAGAAUACGAAAGAGUCAGCCGAGCUGCUUGCUCAUGAUUCAGGAAUAAUCUCACUUGUCUACAUAAUCAUGGUAAAUUACCUCAUUCCUAUCAGGUAUUUUGGAGGUCUGCAUUGGUUUUUGAAUUGUAGCCACUAGGACUCUAUUACCGUAGUUAGCGUUUGAAAAUCCGUAUUACAUUCUUGAAAUCAAGCAGUGUUGAGCUAAAAAGUGUUCCAUAUCUGAUGUUAAACUUUUGUUAUGUAAAAACUAUGAAGAUGUUUAAGAUCUCAGCCAGGGAGGGUUGUUCUUAGACAAAAUAAUGCUAUACUGUGCUGCUUUUAUUUAUACUUUAUUAUGAUAGAUAUUUGUGUUAAGUCUACAGUACCAUGGUAGUGAAGUAUACCACUGUGCUGAAGUUUAAUGACUAAUCAAGACGUUAUUUAUUUUCUUAUAUUGUUAUACAGGUUAUUACGUAAAAAUAAAAAUCGAGCGG